GACUUUCCAUGACGUCAUAUGGUACCACGUGCUAGUUCAUGGCGGGUAACACGAAGGGAAAGAAGAGGAACUCGUCCCUCGUUCCUGUACCUCUAGCAGAAGCAAGACUUCUAGGACCAGGUGAAGAUGUCUGCUUUAGACAUGGAGCCAUUAGGAAACUAGUACUACAUAAUUUCCUCACUUUUGAUAAUAUUGUCCUGGAACCAUCACCUCAACUCAAUUUAAUAGUUGGACCAAACGGUACUGGUAAAUCAAGUCUUGUUUGUGCCAUAUGCCUUGUACUCUGUGGCAAUACCUCUAUCCUUGGACGAGCAAAAGACUUGAAGGAUUUUGUGAAGAGUGGCCCAGCAAAGGAAGGAUAUGUUGAGAUUACAAUUCAUCACAGAAGUGGUAACCAUCCCACCAUCAGGAGGCAUAUAUUCAAGGACAGGAAUAAUUCAAAAUGGCUUCUUAAUGGAGUUGACAGGAGAGAAAUGGAGGUUAAAGAUCUUGUGAAGAGUUUGAAUAUACAACUGGAGAACAAGUGCCAAUUUCUGCCACAAGAUAAAGUGGUUGAGUUUGCAAAGUUAGACUGCUAUCAACUGUUGGAAGAGACAGAGAAAGCUAUUGGUACUGAUGACAUGUACUCGAUGCAUCAAAGACUGAAAGGAACUAAAGAAAAGAAAGUACAGCUUGAAAAAAGUCUUAAUGCAAAGAAAAAGGAGUUGGAAGAGAAGGUGAGACAUAACGAGCUCCUAGAGAGAGAUGUGAGGCGUAAAGAGACGAGGGAGAACAGUUUAAAGACUAUCAAGAACCUCAAAAUGAAGAAAGCUUGGAUAGAAUAUGAAGAAGCUCGCCAAAUAUAUGAUGAUGCCAAGAAGAAGAGGAAAGAGGCCGAAAGGUCACUGAAGAGACUCCAUGACCGUCACAGGCCACUGAGGGACAAGAUGAGACAGAGAGAGGCUAUUGUACAAAAAUAUGGAGACAACCUUAAAACUCAUGACAGAAAGCUUAAAGAGAUCAAAGGGCAGAUAGAGGCUAAAGGAAGUGAAUCAGAUGAGUAUGGGGAGAAGCAGAAGACUGCAGUUCUAGCAUAUGAACAGUUGAAGAAAGAAGCUGAUGAACAAGAAGAGAAAAUCAAUAACUUAAUGAAUCAAAUAAGUGGUUUGAAGAGUAAUCUUGAGUCUCUGCCACCACCAGACACACUAGAGCCUCAAGUUAAGCGGAAGACGAGGGAGAUAUACUCACUCAAUGCUGAGUUUGCGCAACUACAGAGCAUACAGUCAGAAUUAUUGCAGAAGAAAGGAACCUGUGAAGCAAAUAUAACACGUUGUAGAGAAGAGUUGGAUGCCAUUAAUGAUGUAUACAAGCAGAGACUGGAGAUGCUAUCAAGGAAGGACAGAGAUGCUUAUAGUGCACUGAAAUGGCUCAAAGAAAACAAGAGCAAGUUUAAGAGACCAGUUUAUGAGCCAAUCCUAACACUUUUACGUAUUAAGGACAUGAAUUAUGCUAGUCAGAUAGAGAGUUUCUUUAGUGGACGUGAUCUGGUGUCUUUUAUAUUUGAAAGUAGAGAAGAUCGUGACGUUUUUGCUAGAGAAGUGAGGGAUAGUAUGAAUCUUAGGGUUAAUAUGGUUAUUGCUCCUUCUAAUCCACUCUCUAAUUACAAAUGUAAGGUUCCAAUGGAGAGGCUAAGGCAGUUUGGAUUCCAGUACAUGUUAAUGGAUUUGGUUGAAGCUCCUCCUCCUGUACUGUCCUAUUAUUGUGCUCAUCAGCAUUUACAUGAUAUCCCAGUGUCUCUUAAUAAAUUAACAACUCAAAGAUUGAAUAGUUUAAAAUCAUCUCAUCCAGAGGUACAGAGGUUUUACACUGAUGAUCAGAUGGUAAGAUAUUGUUAUUACUAG